AUGAAUGCAAUUACUGAUCAUCUAUCAUCUUUAGACAAGUCACAAGAGGAUGAUCAAAAUAAUAAAAGUUUUAUUGUUGAUGGUACGAUGAAGGGGGAUCGUUGCUGGGAAUGUACCUUUGAGGGAUGUGAUAAAUCAUUUAAAUUUCGAUGUCGACUUGAAAAGCAUGAGAAAACACAUUCUGAGGAGCGACCUUUUGUGUGUUGUGAAUCAGGAUGUGGGAAAUCAUAUAGACGUAUAGAUCAUUUACGUAUUCAUGCUGUAACGCAUGGUGAAGAUACCAAACCUUUUAAAUGUUUGGUGGUUGGGUGUGAAUCUAAAUUUUCUCUUAAAAGUCAUCUAACGAGACAUAAAAGGGAACAGCAUGAAAUUGAAAGGCCCUUCAAGUGUAAUAUACGAGACUGUAAUCAAUCUUUCACGCAAGGUUACUUGUUAAGAAGUCAUAUGACUAUACAUACGGGGAAAAGACCCUAUCCAUGUGAACAUCCCGAGUGCACGAAAAGCUUUUCUUCUUCCACCAAAUUACGAGAUCACGAGAGAAUACAUUCCGGACAAAAACGAUGGCGAUGCGCAUUCCAAGGGUGUACGCAAGAUUUCGUCAAAUAUGAUCAAUUGUGUAAACAUUUGCGUCAAGAUCAUAAACCGACAUGUGAAAUAUGUUAUCAAAAUGUUAAAGACUUUAAACAAUUGAGACUUCAUAUGAAAACUCAUGAUCCCGAUCGUUUAUUGUUUCCUUGUAGCUGGGAAGGUUGCGAUAAAUAUUUUCUCAGUAUCAAAUCAUUAAGUGUUCAUACCAAAGCAAUUCAUAAAAAUAUUCGUCCAUUUGUUUGUGAAAUUCCGUUUUGUGAGAUGUCAUUUGCUUAUAAAAAAGUUUUAACAAAUCAUGUCAAAACUAUUCAUGAGCAAUCACGCCCACGUAAAAUUCGUAAAUUGGAUGGUGAUAUUAAGGAUUCUAAGAUAAACAGAUCUAUUACAGAUGUUGAACACCUUACAGGCUACGAUUAUGAAAGGGGCAGGAACAUAAAAUGUUUAAUUAAUUCUUGCAAAUACAUGUUUAAAAGAAACUAUGAUCUUGAGAGGCAUCUGAAAAGUUUUCAUAAGGAUUUAAUAGAGGUUCAAGAGACUGAAUAUCAAGCAGUUUUCGAAACUUAA